AUGUCCGGCGGGUCACCACCCAAGCCGUGGGAAAGGGCCGCAGCAGGCGGUGUUUCCGCUGCUGUACCGACAUCCACCGCCACGACUACGGCGACCGCAGCGACACCGACCUCCGCAGCGCCAGCAUUGCCCGCCCGAACAGAUGCGCUGAACGCGGUAGCCACCCGGACCGCCUCGAACUACUCUUCCCCUCUCAAUAGACCAUCGCCUUACUCCUCUCCAUACGGCUACGGCGGCAUGUCGUCCUACAGCUCGCCCUAUAACCGGUUCGGUGGUGGACUAGGCGGUGGACUGGGCGGAGGCAUGUACGGAGGCGGCAUGUACGGAGGAUAUGGAGGCAUGGGUGGAUACGGAGGCAUGGGCGGCAUGUACGGCGGACAGGGCAUGUACGGACCCAAUGGUCAAGACCAGAGCUUGACGCAGACGUUCAGCAACAGCACGCAGGCCACAUUUCAGAUGAUCGAGAGCAUAGUCGGUGCUUUUGGCGGCUUUGCGCAGAUGCUCGAGAGCACGUAUAUGGCGACGCAUUCGUCGUUCUUCGCCAUGGUCAGCGUGGCGGAGCAGUUUGGCACGCUCAAGCAGACGCUCGGCUCCGUUCUGGGCAUCUUCACGAUUAUGAGGUGGAUUCGGACGGCGAUUGCGAAGUUGACGGGACGGCCGCCGCCUGCGUCGUCGACAGAGCUGACGCCUGCGAACUUUGCGGCGUUCAGUGGACAGCCUGGUCCGGAUGGGCAGCCAUCAAAACCGAGCCGAAAGCCUUUCAUCUUCUUCGUCGUGGCGGUCUUCGGAUUGCCAUGGCUUAUGGGCAAGCUGAUCCGCGCCCUGGCGAACUCACAAGAAGCACAACAGCAGCAACAACUUGCGAAUGGACCCGAUGGUCAACAACAACCGCUUGACCCAAGCAAGCUCGAUUUCUGCCGAGUCGUCUACGACUACACUCCUCAGACCCAGCCAGGCCAACCUUUCCAGGAAGGAAUCGACCUCCAGGUCAAGAAAGGCGAUCUCGUCGCCGUGCUUUCCAAGUCCGAUCCAAUGGGCCAGCCCUCCGAGUGGUGGAGAUGUCGCGCGAGAGAUGGAUCUGUGGGAUAUCUGCCAGGGCCAUACUUGGAGGUGAUUCAGAGGAGACCCCAGGCGCAGAUUACGGCGAAGAGCGCGCCGGGGAGCGAGGCGAACUCGCGUGUCAAUACGAUGACUAGCAAUGCCGUUACGGGGAGCCGCGCCAACUCGAUGAAGAUCACCGAGAAAGAAAAGGCGGAGGUCAAGCAAGCGCCUAAGGAGCCUCCGAAAUUGUACACGAAGCAGGGCGAUGUGCCUGUUGAGAGCUUUCAACGAGGGGCUUUCUAUUCUUAA